AAAAUUAACAAUCUCUUUCUCAUUUCAUGCUUAUCCAAUUCCAAUUAAAGAAAAUAAUAUUAGCAGCUGCAAUUUACGACUCCCAGAUGCAAUUGUUUCUUUGAUUCAUAAUGAGUGCUGCCACUGCAACCAGUUUCAGCAACAGCCUUAACAGCACCCCUAACUGGAGACUCAGCCCCACUCCCAACUGGCAACCUCCCCGCCGCUCUUUCCUCGUCCCACAAGCAGCCGGAAAAGGUGGCAAGAAACCCAAGAACAGGAAACCCAUUUCGCCACUAUCAACUGAAACGGAGAGCACUCCCGCGACCCAACAGCAACAGCAGGUGUCGCUCAGUUUGGAGGACGUGAAUCCGGUUGGGUUGGGGCGGAAAUCCAGACAGAUAUUUGACGAGGUCUGGAGGAAGUUCUCGGGUCUAGGGCAGAUAUCUAGGACGACUCGAGCCGAUGACCAAGACACAUUGGAUGCAUUACUCAUUAGGGAAGGUCCCAUGUGCGAGUUUGCCAUCCCUGGAGCUCAGAACACCACUGUUCUCGUGGUUGGUGCCACCAGCCGCAUUGGCCGGUUGGUUGUCCGUAAGCUUAUGCUGAGGGGAUACACUGUCAAGGCUUUGGUUAGGAAGGCCGACCAAGAAGUGUUGGACAUGCUUCCAAGAUCAGUGGAAAUAGUAAUUGGGGAUGUAGGUGAACCUUCCACCCUUAAAGCUGCUGUAGAAGGUUGCAACAAGAUUAUUUAUUGUGCUACUGCUCGCUCGACCAUCACUGGGGAUCUCUUCAGAGUGGAUCAUCAAGGGGUUUGCAAUGUUACCAAAGCAUUUCAAGAUUACAACAAUAAACUGGCACAACUGCGGGCGGGAAAAAGCAGCAAAAGCAAGCUUCUACUGGCAAAGUUCAGGUCUGCAGAUUCAUUGACGGGGUGGGAAGUACGUCAAGGAACUUACUUCCAGGAUGUGGUAGCAUUCAAGUAUGAUGCAGGAAUGGAUGCUAAAUUUGAGUACACCGAGACUGGAGAGGCUGUUUUCUCAGGUUAUGUUUUCACCAGAGGUGGAUAUGUUGAACUUACCAAAAAGAUUUCACUCCCUCUGGGUUACACUCUUGACAGGUAUGAAGGUCUGGUUUUAUCUGUUGGUGGGAAUGGCAGAUCAUAUGUCUUAAUUCUUGAAGCUGGUCCUUCAGCAGAUACUGCUCAAAGCAUAAUGUAUUUUGCAAGAAUAAACACAAAAGUUGGGUUUUGUCGGGUCAGAGUUCCUUUUUCAUCAUUACGCCCUGUGAAGCCAGAUGAUCCACCAUUAGAUCCAUUUCUUGUACAUACAUUAACCAUACGCUUUGAGCCACGAAGACAGGUUUGUCUAUUUCAAGUCUUGGCUUCUACUUGUUCUUUUGUUUGGAAGAAGAUUAAUGUUCUAAGCUUUAAGCUUACACUGGAAUAUAUAAAAGCCUUGCCUACUGGGCAAGAAACAGAUUUUGUUUUAGUCUCAUGUACAGGAUUAGGAGUGGAACCUAGCAGAAGGGAGCAAGUUCUCAAAGCCAAAAGGGCUGGGGAGGAUUCAUUGAGAAGAUCAGGCCUUGGGUACACAAUAGUACGCCCUGGUCCAUUAAAGGAGGAACCUGGUGGCCAACGUGCUCUUAUAUUUGAUCAAGGGAACAGGAUAUCUCAGGGCAUCAGUUGUGCUGAUGUGGCUGAUAUCUGUGUAAAGGCAUUGCACGAUUCAACUGCAAGAAACAAGAGCUUUGAUGUAUGUUAUGAGUAUGUUGCAGAGCAAGGGAAAGAGCUUUAUGAGCUGGUAGCACAUUUGCCUGACAAAGCAAAUAACUAUUUGACUCCAGCACUCUCUGUUCUGGAGAAGAACACCUAAGAUGCUUCUGAGGGUGACCAUUGAUCAUUGUUUGAGAAACUUAAUAUCACUCUAAUUAACCGGAAGCUCACAGAAAACAGAAAUCGGGAAUGCAAGAGAACUUCAAAAGUUAGCAAUGUAAAGAUACCAUUUCCUUUUCUCCCUGGAGGAUACAUGAGUGUCUGAUAGGAUAUGCAAAUGUUUAACUUCACCUUGGAUUCAUAUGUAUAUGGAAAAUGUGUAUGUACUGUCUAUAGUGAAGUAUAAAUGGAAUAAUGGAAUUAUAUUGAAAUUUUCAAAGCAUAUAAUAGAACAAAUUUUGGGUU